AAUGACAAUAAUCAUAUGACAUUUGGGUGAGGUGUUUUUAUCUCGUGAGCUUGUUAUUCUCAAUACCAUUAAAAAAUUAAGCACACAUCAUGAAGGGCUGUAUUUUUAACAUCGACAAUGGCUACUUGGAAGGAUUAUGUCGUGGAUUCAAAUGCGGAAUCCUCAAACAAUCAGACUAUCUUAAUUUGGUUCAAUGCGAAAGCCUUGAAGAUUUAAAAUUGCAUUUACAAGGAACCGAUUAUGGUACAUUUUUGGCCAAUGAACCCUCACCUUUGUCAGUAUCAACUAUCGAUUUGAGACUCAGGGAAAAAUUGGUAAUUGAGUUUCAACAUAUGCGAAAUCAAGCAGUGGAGCCUCUGUCUACUUUCAUGGACUUUAUUACGUACAGUUACAUGAUAGAUAAUAUUAUACUCUUAAUUACAGGAACUCUUCAUCAACGACCAAUUGGUGAGUUAAUUCCAAAAUGUCACCCUUUAGGUAGUUUUGAACAAAUGGAAGCUAUCCAUGUCGCUGCUACCCCAGCUGAAUUAUAUAAUGCAGUCUUAGUAGAUACUCCACUUGCUCCAUUUUUUGUUGAUUGUAUUAGUGAACAAGAUUUAGAUGAGAUGAAUAUUGAAAUAAUAAGAAAUACAUUGUACAAAGCAUAUUUAGAAGCAUUCUAUGCUUUCUGCAAAGAAAUCGGAGGUACUACAGCUGAUUGUAUGUGCGAAAUCUUAGCAUUUGAAGCCGAUAGACGUGCAAUAAUUAUAACUAUUAACUCAUUUGGUACAGAAUUGAGUAAAGAUGAUCGUGCUAAAUUGUAUCCUCGUUGCGGUAGACUCCAUCCUGACGGAUUAGCCGCGCUCGUUAGAGCUGAAGAUUACGAUCAAGUGAAAGCUGUAGCUGAAUAUUAUGCGGAAUAUUCCAAACUUUUUGAAGGCGCCGGAAAUAAUCCCGGAGAUAAAACUUUAGAAGAUAAAUUCUUUGAGUAUGAAGUUCGUCUUAAUAUCAAUGCUUUCAUGCAACAAUUUCACUUUGGAGUUUUUUAUUCUUAUUUGAAAUUGAAGGAACAGGAAUGCAGAAAUAUUGUUUGGAUCGCUGAGUGUGUCGCACAGAAACACAGGGCUAAAAUUGAUAAUUACAUUCCGAUAUUUUAAAAAAUUUCCAUUCCAUUUAAUCAGUUUUGAACUUUAUAGUGUUAACUAAAAGGAAAAUGUAGAAACACGCGGGAGUUUCAUUUUAUUUCUCAUAAUAUAAUGAUAUAUCAUGGGUCGAAUAUUCUAAUUAUAAAAGAUGUAAAAUUUGCCAUCAAAUAUUUUUAAAAAAUUUAAUUUAUUUUGUUGAGAGUGAAAUACAAGGAAGAAAGUAGAUCAUAGUUUAAGCUUUUUAAUGAAUCAUCAUUAAUUCUCAGCUCAAAUAGUGUCAGAAGUCAAAAAAAACACACUAUGGACUAAUAAGCGUUUGAAAUUAAUUCUAAAUUUAUUUUUCAAAUUUGGGAUUGUAACUCAAAAACUGAUAAAGUUACUGAAAUGGCAACUAAUUACUUGAUGUAAUUUGAGAAAAGAUUUUCAAAUUUUUUGAGUUUUUUUUGGGUUAUGACACUAUAUGAGAGGAGGUGCGAUAUGUUUUUCUAUAUUUUAAAAACAUUUUCACCUAUUUCAUAAAUUAAAAUAACAUAUUAUUACAAUUUUUCAUAAUUUUUAAAAAUAAAAAUUGCACAAAUCUACCCAUCCCAUGUAAUGUAUCUUCGGGCUAACCAAUGAUGGUUGAACAUAUUCUUUGUAUUGAAAUAUUAAAACUACUUUAUAAAAAACUAUUUAUUAUGCAAGAAAAUAAUUAAUUAAUCCGAUUACGGCACUCGACGAAUACCAAAACAUCACACCCUAGUUAUUCUCCUCAAAAUAUUCAAAAUUUUAUCUAUACUCUGGAAAAGGAGCUAAGGGUAAUAACCGAUUGAGCCCGGCAAAAGUUUUAGAAGUAUUUGAAUUUUGUAAAAAAGACAAUUAAUUCUAUAGCAUUUGGGAGUUAAUUUUUAAGCUAAAUUUAGCGUUGAUUUCAAUGCUGAUAGAACAAUAAUGAAAAAAUAACCGUUUUGUGACAUUGAAAUGCUGAUAUAAUAUUCGACCCAUGUUUUUAUUUUUUUUUUUGGAUUUAUCUAUUUAAUCUUGAUGAUUUCGAGCUCCCCUCAUCUUGUGUGUCACUGUCUAGAAUAAAUCUAGUUUUAACCUAAAUAUUUAACUUAAAUAUAAUUUAUGAUAUAUAUAUAUAUAUAUAUAUAUAUAUAUAUAUAUAUAUAUAUAUAUAUAUAUAUAUAUAUAUAUAUAUAUAUAUAUAUAUAUAUAUAUAUAUAUAUAUAUAUAUAUAUAUAUAUAUACAAUAUAUUUUAUUGAAAGCACUUCCCCCAAUUACAUUUUUUGAAACAUUGUUAGUAAAAGUCUUUAUUGAGUCGAAUUCGUGAUUUAUUUCAAAAGAUAUUGUAAAAAAAACUUAUUGAAAUGCUAUUCUUCUUGUUUAUGUAUAAAAUAA